AAAUCACAGAAUUCUUGAGCUGAACGCAGAGCCAGAGUGUUUGGCAUACUGUAAGGGUGGAGACCUGCUAUUAGGCAUCACAGGAGACCUCUACAGAAUCCCACACACACAGCUACUUCCUCCCAACUGCAGGGCACAAAAAUGUGAUCCUGACUCUGAAUUACCCAAAUCCUGGAUCCAAAUCAUGAGCCACAAAUGCAGGACAGAGAGUUGCCAUGUUGCUAAGAAGGAUGGUCCUGAAAGGCUUGAAAAGAUAAAAGAUUCAGAUUUUGGGGCACUCAUGGCAAGACAUAAAGAUCUGGAAUCCUUGCAAAAAGGAGCGGUUGAGUGCAGAAGGAGAAAACCAGCCACCAUACAAACCAAACAAGAGGCUUUCAAUAAUUACCUGCGUCUGAUUUACAGGCAACCCCCUGAUAUGAGAAUCAAACUAGAUGAAGUGCAACUCUUGUAUACUAAAGAAGAGAAUAAGAAGGGGAGGGAAGAGGCUGACAUUAAUCUUAUAACCAUCAUAGAGACUCCAUCUACAAAGAGCCCUCUUCCACCCACACCAACAGCAAAGAAACUCAGAGAAAAAAUAUAUCUUCCACCAAAGCCCCUUCCACCAACAGACCGUCCUACACCCCCUCUGACUCCACCCUCCGAGUCUGCAACACCUUCACCACCCCUUGUCCCACCUUUACUCACCCCUGUACCACCCACACCCAUCAUAGAGACUCCAUCUACACAGAAGAGCCCUCUUCCGCCCACACCAACAGCAGAGAAACACAUAUACCCUCCACCAAAGUCCCUUCCACCAAUAAAGCAUCCUACACCCCCACCGACUCCACCCUCCGAGUCUGCACCACCUUCACCGCCCCCUGCCCCACCCUUUCCACCUAAACAACCCACAUCCUUGCCUCCUCCACUCUUGUCAUCAUAUCUGCCAGAGUUCCUCCUGCAGUUUGUGGAUGAGCAGUGGUUUCAAAAGAUGUUCCCUGAUUUGAGUUGUGUUUCAAGUUCUUUAGGCCCCAAGGAAUUCUGCAUGCAUCUGUUGGACUUCAUGAUGUCUUGCAGCAUGGCUCAGAAGAAUAGUAUUGUCAAUGCAUUACUCAUGUUAAUUCAGCAGGAGGUGUUAGACAAAGAAUCUCUCAGCAAAGGACUGCUGGUUUGCCUGCAAAAUUGCAUUAACAAAAACAUGACAAGGGAGGAACAGCAUUUUGCUGGUGAGCUGCUAAAUUUGAUGGUGUAUCUGAGUCCUGACAGUUUUGACACCGUUGUGGAGCUACUGGCCAUGUUGGCAGAUAAACAAGUUGAUCUUAAGGCUUUAGUUCUGUGUGUAUUGCAAAGGUUGGGUGUGGAGGAGGCUGAACUGUGGUUAUGUCCAGAAUUAGAUUCCUGGGACUCUCUGACAGAGCAUCAGCCUAACCAGCACUGCAUUCUUCGAGAUAUGGCCAGCCACUGGCUGCUUACCUGGACCAGAAAGUACAGGGUGCACAAAGGGUCUGUGUUCUUGCGCAGUGAAGGAGUACAGAGUGUGUUCGCUCCUGUGGAGGUGCUUCGAUAUUUCUGCUCCAUGCAAAGAGCCAAACAGCCCUGGCCACAUCCACCUCCACCUCCACCAGAGGGCAGGAAAGGUGCUAUCAUUGUGCCUUCAGGCUUGGCUAGACUGAAGCCUAUUCAGCGCCUGGGAGAGACGUACAGUAUGUCUAGGAUACGGGAGCCUCAAGGACGCCUGCUGCCACCAUUGCCAUAUCGACCUGUGUUGAUGGGUUUCACUCGGUUCCUCUCUCUACCAAUGGCCCAUGUCACAUUAUCUCCAUUCCCCUUUUCCCUGGAUUUUCAGAACUUCAAACACCCUUCACCACACAGAUACUUCUUCCUGGAACGCUCCUAUGUAGAGUAUUACAGAUAGGACCCAAUUAUUACCAAAAGCAUUGCAUGAAAUCUUUGAAAGACUACUUUACCUGACUCUCUCUAUGAUGCAUUAAUGACACAAAAUAAAUCUAAAAGUAUUAUAAUCAACUUGGUUUCUCCAAUAUACAGAAACAAAUCCUUUAUCAUCUUGAAAACUUGCAGUAUACAAUUGACAGUCGAAUGUGUGAAACAUAAGUCUUGUGUUAAUGUGGAAGGAUACGGAGUGAAUGCUAGUGCUUUGAAAAGUUAACUGAGACACUGAGAAGUGUGAACACAUUUCAGUGUCCUAUAUUGCAUAUUGUGACAUUGUAAGUGCUUUUGCAACUUGAGCAUUCCCUGGAAUUUAAAAACAAUGUAAAACAUGGUUCCAGAAAUCACAAAUCCAUAAUGAAUAAUUCAUAUGAAUAAUUAGAACCUAAAUUAAGUUAUGACUGGGUUAAACAACAUACUAGGGGUGUGACAAGAAAGAUCUCAUGCCACAAGAUGUCACGAUAUUAAAACAUGAGGUAAAAAGCCUCGUGAUGUCAGCAUGACAGAGUUGAGUUUGUGGCAAAACCUUUUACAGUGCUUGUUUUUGUUCUGUUCAGUUAUUGUUCUGUCUUUUACAGGAUAUAAUAAUUCAUACUCAGACUUCAUACUCAACUGAAGUGACAGUCAUUACAAGAUGAUUAAAACAUUUCAAAAUGCACCUGCAUUGACUUGCAUUUUAUGACUUUCAGUCAAAUAAAAGACUAUUUUUCAUAUAUUUCAUCAAUGAAGAUUUCUUUAAAAAAAUAGUGUUAAAAUAU